AUGAUACCUCGAUACAGCAACAAGCUCGUUGAAGAAUGCUGUUCCCCCUCCUGUAACAAGACAAAGACUGAAUACGGCGGUAAAUUGAGGGCGUGUGCCGCUUGCGCUGUGGGAGGUAAAGGCAUGACAGUUUAUUGUAGCACCCAGUGCCAAAAAUCGGAUUGGCCGCGACAUAAACCGGAAUGCAAACAACGGCGCGAGGAGAAGUCUGCUCUGCCACCAGAUGCCAGCAAGGCAAUUGAAGAUAUAGUUAUUUGGGACAGAAGACAUCGCAAGAAGCUUAUUGCCGCUGCCAUCUCUGCGCUGGACUUGUGCCACUAUCCUGAGAACGCGGAUGACUAUGUAUUUAUUGUCCUCCUUUUUGAGACGCCUGGAGCGAAACAAAUACUGAGGGACACCAAGACCGAAGGCAAUCCACGCGAGUAUCAAAGAAUCGGCCAGGAGCGAGCCAAAGAAGUGGGUGGGCCUGCUGCAUUCUCGUUCCAGAUCGUCGAAUUUGCGCCCCACGCGAACUCCUGGAAUACUUUCCAAACGCCAAUGUGGCCAAAGGAGCUCCAUGGGUACCGAGCUGCGGGUUUCCUUACGACAAAUUGGCAUGAAGUGCUGCUGGCAAGCUGUGCAUUUCCGCCAGUACCGAUCCCGGAAAACGAGAGCCUAUACCGCCGAUGGCAUGUCAACUUGAAAGCUCUGAAGGGCUGGCGCGACCUGCACAUGGAAGAGAUUCAGUCGGCAGCCAUUGACGCACUUUCGCUUGCUGAAAACCCAUUAGGUGGACGCCAACAAAUUUUGUUAUUGUAUCUCCGUAGUACCGGUAUAUCGCAUGUCUCUCAGCUCGUCCACGUUGUCGAUGCUUUCGUAUACGAUUUGGAAGUGGUCGAUGUAAUGUUUCGUGGUUUAGAUAUGCUGCAAGCGAUCAAGUCUGUCGUCAACGGUCGACCCGACACUGACGUCCGUGGAGCAGCGGACCCCGCGCCCUGCGUUGUCUGCCAAUUGAUUGACCCAGUUGACAGUAUCGCCAAGGCCCCGGCGUUCACAGUACGUGUCGAACUGACAGAAGAACGACUCAGUCGGUCAAGAGCGUACGGAUGGAAGGAGCGACUGAUUGAGGGUCUUGGCGCAGGGGAUGUGAGGCCAAACUUGAUUGGUAUGGACCCCGCUAUGAACGCCAUAUUCAUGUGUUGA